AUGUUGGAACAUAUCCUCCAUUCCAACAUCAUGGACCACUUUGAAAGGAACUCCAUCCACACACCAGCCCAGCACGGAUUCCGUAGUAAGCGAUCAUGUGAAACCCAGCUUGUAGCCACAGUUCAAGACCUGGCCAGUAACACGUCGAACGGCAACCAGAUUGGCGUCAUACUGCUUGACUUUGCCAAAGCCUUCGAAAAGGUACCACAUCGGCGCCUGCUUCACAAGCUGAACUUCUAUGGAAUCCGAGGCUGCACUCUACAAUGGAUUGAGAGCUUCCUUACUGACAAAAAACAGAGAGUGCUGGUGAAGGAUUGUCCUUUUACAUCGUAG